GAAGCCCACUUGGCCUGGUUAUCGGGCCCUCUGAGUUGGAACUUGGAAAGGGUCUCAGAACAGCUCACCAACUCGAAGAGACCUCUGCAAGGAGAUGCUUCGAUGGGUACCUCUGUGUCUGCCUGGUCAACCAGGUCAAUGUGCCCAGGUCUUGCUCAACUAGCAGGCUUGUCCUUCUCCACUGGACCACUGAGGCCGAGGAACAGUCCUGGGGCCUGGAGACAUUCGGCUCUGCAAUCAAGUCUCUGCUUCCGGAACCCGACAGUUCCGGCUUUGUGUUUGCAACGAUAUUUUGUUUACAUUACACAGGUGAAUACACAGAAGGAACCCGCCGCUGCACCCUCCGGCCAGGCGAGUUAAGCGGGGGCGUUCUUUGUCCCAGUGGUGAAUCUGGUGAUGCUGCACUGGCUUAUUCGUUCCUAAUCUCGUUCCCUACGGCGGCUC